AUGUAUUCUAGUGUUCUAAUUGACUAUCACAAUAAUCUAUUGAAUUUACUUGAACAAGAAAUGAAUAGUAAUGAUAAUCAUAUAUUUGGAGCUUUGAAAAAUUUAGUUAAUAAUUUAACUUCAAAAGAAGUAUCAAUUUUACAAAUCGUACAUGAUAAUACUGGUAUGAUUACAUUGACUGAUAAUGAUUGUUUAUCUAUUGAACAAUUAUCUUGUGCAACUCUAAUCAAUGAAAAUGAUAAAUAUUUUCAACAAGCAGAUACUAAAUUUAAUUUUGAUUUUAUUUAUUUUCAAUCGUAUAUUAUUCGAACAUAUCUUUUAUUUUGUCGUAUUAAUUAUCGACAUAUUAGUCAAAAUUAUCAAUGUCAUAGAAGACGAACACAAACUAUAACAGAUGGAGAAAUAUUAGAUCUUGAUGAAAAAUAUUCAAUUGAAUUAUCUCAUCAACAAUUAGAAAUCGAUUGGAAUCAUUUGAAAGAUAUGUACUUAGAUAAACUUUAUCAUGGUCAUAAUUUUCUUCGACAAAUAACUAUUAUAUUAAAAAAUUCUCAAGAUGAUUUAUCUCAAAUAAAUCUUUAUGCAUUUGUUCAAUCAUUAGAUAAUGAUAAUAAUUUAUUUGAACAA